AUGAAUAUCGACGAAGAAAUCCAAAAGGUUUAUGUCUUACUCAAGAACUCAGCUGAAACCCUAGAAGAUGUGUUGCAUAAGUCAUUUGAAAUCCCAGUUGACAAUUGGUCCAAAGAAAAACCUGUCCUCCUAUUCCCUGAUUCCGGAGAUGCCCUGCAGGAUCUAUUGGAACUCAUGAGCAGAAUCGAUAAAAACCUAGAUUAGGUUCGCGUCAACAUAAGAUAAUUUGAACUCAAUAAAUUCCAAGUGAUAAAAGAGGAGGAAUUCGAUCCACGCUACUCUCAACCACUAAUUGAUUACGAAAUAGUCUAGAACGCCGAAUAGACUAAAAUGAAUCGCAUGAAAUCCAAUGUCAAUAGAUUACAACGACAAAUUGAAGCCUAUUAAUAAAAAUAUUAAUCAUGA